AUGGCAACAACACACGAUAUAGGUUUCGAAGAGAAACAGGUGUAUGAUGCCAAAAUCCAAGAUGUCCCCAGCGAUGGCGCUUCCUCCAUCGAUACCAUUACCGCUCUGGUAAAUGAAGACCACACCCACGAAAUCAAACUUCGCACCAUGAGUUGGCAAAAAGCCGCCUGGCUGCUCUGCGGCGACCAAGUCUGUCUAGCCAUUAUGGCCCAAUCCUGGUCUCUUUCUGUUCUCGGCUGGGUCCCUGGUAUUAUCACCAUGCUGGUUUCUGGAGCCCUCUUCUGGAUUACCUCGAUUACUAUGCACAAAUUCAUCAUGAAGAAUCCGUCCAUCAGAGAUAUUUGCGACUUUGGAUAUUUUGCGUUCGGAAAGAGUAGACUUGCUUAUGAGUUUACUGGGUUCAUGCUUCUUGCCAACAACAUCCUGCUUAUUGGCUUCCACGUCUUGACCGGAGCAAAGAUCCUCAAUACGCUGAGUGAUCACAGUCUUUGUACUGUGGUUUUCUCGGUCAUUGUGACUAUUAUGGGAGUCAUUAUGUCGGUGCCUCGCACACUCAAGCAUGUCUCUUUCAUGAGCAUGUUCAGUGCUGCUUGUAUGGGCAUUGCCAUUCUGCUUUUCCUCAUCUUUGCCGGUAUUGAGGACGCUCCUGGAUAUGGAUACAAUGGCACAUACCCCAAGGCUGGCAAGGUCAAGACAUAUGCUUUCCCUCCUGCUGGAACUACGUGGGUUGCUUGUUUAAAUGCAGUUUUGAACAUAACCUUCCUUUGGGUGCCGCAGAUUCUUUUCCCUACUUUCAUCUCUGAGAUGGAGAGGCCUCAAGACUUCCCCAAGGCUUUGGCUGUUCUGGCCGGUGUUUCCGGAUUCCUGUUCAUCAUUCCUCCGGCCAUUGGCUUCAGAUACCUCGGACAGUACGCCACAGCCCCUGCAUUCGGAUCUCUUGGUGUUGUGGCUUACAAGAAGGCUUCAUUUGCCUUUGUCAUUGUGCCAACUCUGGUUAUCGGUGUCAUUUACGCGAACGUAUCCGCGAAGUUCGUGUACCACCGUAUCAUGGGCAAGUCGCGCCACGCUCACUCCAACACCGUUAUUGGUUGGGGAGCUUGGGUUGCCGUCAUGGCAGGAAUCUGGGCCAUCGCCUUUAUCUUCUCCGAGGUUGUUCCUAGCAUGGGUGACUUCUUGUCUUUGCUCGGUGCUGCCUUCGACUCCUUCUUCGGAUUCAUCUUCUUCGCUGUGGCGUACUGGCAGAUGUACAGUGGAAAGCUGUUCAGCAGCGCUUCCAGAAGCGUCAUGACUGUUAUCCAUGUCUUUGUCAUGAUUUGCGGACUUUUCUUGCUGGGACCUGGAUUGUAUGCUGCUGUCGAGGCUAUCAUCUCUGAUUACUCGGGUGGCACACGUCCUGCAUUCUCUUGCAAGAACUUGUCGAUCUAA